AUGUCUACAAGUGAAACUGAUAAACCAGCUAGAUUAUGGGGUGGUAGAUUUACUGGUAAAUCAGACCCAUUGAUGGAUUUAUACAAUGCCAGUUUAUCAUAUGACAAAAUUAUGUAUUCACCAGAUUUAACAGGUACUAAAAUUUACACAGCUGGAUUAAAUAAACUUGGAUUAAUUACAGAUGAUGAACUUUCAAAAAUUCAUGAAGGAUUAGAAGUUAUACGUAAAGAAUGGGAAAAUGGUACAUUUAAAGAAGUUGAAGGUGAUGAAGAUAUUCAUACAGCAAAUGAAAGAAGAUUAGGAGAAAUUAUUGGUAAAAACAUUGCAGGAAAAGUUCACACUGGUAGAUCAAGAAAUGAUCAAGUUGCUACCGAUAUGAGAAUUUUUGUACGUGAUUCAUUAAAGGAUUUAAGUUUGAAAUUGAAAACAUUUAUAGAAACUAUUUUAAAAAGAGCUGAAAAUGAAAUUAAUGUAUUAAUGCCUGGUUAUACUCAUUUACAAAGAGCUCAACCAAUUAGAUGGUCACAUUGGUUAAGUUCAUAUGCUACCUAUUUUACAGAAGAUUAUAAAAGAUUACAACAAAUUAUAGAAAGAGUAAAUCAAUCACCUUUAGGAGCUGGUGCAUUAGCAGGACAUCCAUAUGGAAUUGAUCGUGAAUUUUUAGCCCAAGGUUUAGGUUUCCAAGGUGUUAUUGGUAAUUCAUUAACUGCAGUAAGUGAUAGAGAUUUUGUUGUUGAAACAUUAUUUUGGAGUACUUUAUUUAUGAAUCAUAUAUCUAGAUUUGCUGAAGAUUUAAUUAUUUAUUCAACUGCUGAAUUUGGUUUCAUUAAAUUAGCUGAUGCUUAUUCAACUGGAUCAUCAUUAAUGCCUCAAAAGAAAAACCCAGACUCUUUGGAACUUUUACGAGGUAAAAGUGGUAGAGUAUUUGGUGGAUUAUCUGGAUUUUUAAUGUCUCUUAAAUCAAUUCCAUCAACUUAUAAUAAAGAUAUGCAAGAAGAUAAAGAACCUUUGUUUGAUGCUUUGACGACCGUUGAACAUUCAAUAUUAAUAGCUACCGGUGUUAUAAGUACUUUAUCAAUUAAUGAAACUAAAAUGAAAGAUGCUUUAACAAUGGAUAUGUUAGCGACUGAUUUAGCUGAUUAUUUAGUUAGAAAAGGAGUUCCGUUUAGAGAAACUCAUCAUAUUUCUGGAGAAUGUGUUAGAAAAGCAGAGGAGUUAAAUUUAUCUGGUAUUGAUAAAUUAUCAUUUGAACAAUACCAAAAAAUUGACAAUAGAUUUGAAAAAGAUGUUAUGGAUUCAUUUGAUUUUGAAACUAGUGUUGAAAGAAGAGACGCAAUUGGAGGUACCGCUAAAAGUGCAGUAUUAAAACAAUUAAAAAAUUUACAAUCACAAUUAGUCUAG